UAGUGCCAUCGAAAGUGGGCCAGCUCUAGAACUCGCGCUGAAAAAAUCGCUCUUUUCCUGUUUCCGCCGUCGUUGGAAAGUAGUGUUUUUUUUGUCCGCGGAAAAAUCUCCAAAUGACGAAGGGUACCUCCAGCUUUGGUAAGCGCCACAACAAGACGCACACCUUGUGCCGUCGCUGUGGCCGCUCCUCCUACCACAUCCAGAAGUCGACUUGCGCCCAGUGCGGCUACCCCGCCGCCAAGUUGCGUUCCUACAACUGGUCCGUGAAGGCCAAGAGGAGGAAGACCACCGGAACCGGCCGCAUGCAGCACCUGAAGGUCGUGCGCCGCCGCUUCCGCAACGGAUUCCGCGAGGGCACCCAGGCCAAGCCCAAGAAGGCCGUGCAGUCCAGCAAGUAGGAUCCAGGAUCCACGUCUAUAUCCCCAUGAGAUAUACACAGACCACCAGAGAGCCGAUCUUCGUGAAAACACCAUCUAAAAUCCACAGUUCAAUGGCCCCCAGAAAGGGCUAAUAAAUCGCUCGAGCGCUAAUAAAUGAACGUUUUUUUUUUAUUAAGUGAA